AUGCCCAGCGGCAACGUUUCUGUAGCUCGGGAUCUUGAGCAUAGGAUCAUUCAAGCUCCACGACCCAAUCCAUCACUACAAGCAACUGCCGACCACAACCUGAAGCUGGUCGAAGCACCAGUGUAUAAACCAGAGCGCGGACAAGUCUUGCUGCAAAUCAAAGCUACUGGCAUAUGCGGAUCGGAUGUCCAUUUCUGGAAGUCUGGGAGAAUCGGCUCCCUCGUCUUCGAAGGAGACUGUAUUCUGGGACACGAGGCAGCCGGCGUUGUGCUCAAGUGCGGAGAGGGAGUGACAAACCUCAAGCCCGGCGACAGAGUGGCCAUAGAGCCAGGUGUUCCUUGCGGAGAAUGUUUCCUCUGCGUGGACGGACGUUACAAUUUGUGCAAGAAUGUGAUGUUCUCCGGCGUCUAUCCGCAUCCAGGGACCAUACAGCGGUACAAGACCCAUCCGGCCAAAUGGCUUCACAAGCUUCCAGACAACCUCUCCUUUGCCGAGGGCGCCCUGCUCGAGCCUCUGAGCGUCGUCCUGCACGGCAUCCGAACCGCUGGCCUCAAUCUCGGCUACGGAGCCGUCAUAUGUGGCGCCGGUCCCAUCGGCCUCAUUGCCCUCGCCGCAGCGAGAGCAUCUGGUUCUCACCCGAUCGUGAUUACAGACAUUGAGCCCAAGAGGCUGCAGUUCGCCAGGGAGUUUGUUCCCUCGUGUCGGACAUACCAGGUUGAUCCUUCUCUAAGCGCCGAGGAAAACGGACGCAGAAUCCGACAGCUGUUUCGAAAUGACAAUGCCGAGACGUUACAAGACGGCAGAGAAGAUGUCCUUGAGGAGUACUUUGCACCACGGACGGUGCUCGAGUGCACUGGCGUGGAAAGCAGCGUAUGUACCGCAGCUUUUGCCGUGCGACGCGGAGGCACUAUUUGUGUGAUUGGGGUCGGGAAAUCAAUCAUGAACAACUUGCCCUUUAUGCACAUUUCAUUGGCCGAGAUUGAGCUCAAGUUCAUCAACAGAUACCGAGAUACCUGGCCGGCAGGAAUUGCAUGCCUGAGCGGAGGAAUCCUCAAUCUGAAGCCUCUUGUUACCCAUGUCUUUCCUCUGGAGAAAGCACUCGAAGCCCUGCACUUGGCGGCUGAUGCUAGAAAUGGGAGCAUCAAGAUUCAGAUUGUAGACGAAGCUGACGAGGACGUGCUGGGCUGGAACACGCAGAAGGGCGUCUGA